UCUAUUCAUGCGCAAUGAUGCAUUGUAGAUGUAUGUAUUUCUAAGUGAAUACAAACAAAUAACUGAUAUUUAAAAUGACGUCUUUUGUGAAGAUUGAUUUUAAAUUCUUUAUAUAAACGUAAAAGUAAUUCUUCUAAUUUUAUAAGAUACAUAUGAUAAUAGUUUUAAAUAAAUUAUUAAUGUGUAGCAAUGAGUGAGUUUAAAGUGCAUCACUUAAUAGUGGAAUUAAUCGGUUUAUUAGGGUCCACAGCUGCACCAGAAAAGUUUGUAGAAAAAUUACAAAAAGAAAGUACUACUACCACAGGUGCCUUAAAUGUUAUUGCCUCACAGAGUUGUGUUCGUCGUUUAACUAAGGCUUCACCAUUUCCAGAAUUGUUCUUACAAAAAUAUGAAGAACUUAAAUCUAAAAAGACGGAUUUAUUAGGCCCAUUUAUGCAACUUUUGGAAUACAUAUCUGAGGAUAAAGAAUUAAAAACUUGUUUGGCAAAACAUGGAACUGCAUCAUCAAUCACUACGCCCAAAAUUUCUCCUAUUACGAAAGAAGACUUACCACAGAUUUGUAAAAAUGUAAUAAAAGCUGCUGUUGAAGGAGAAAGAAAAUUGAAUAAGCAAGUUGUUUCAGUUGCUAAAAAAAGUGAUGCCGCCUUAAAACAUAAUUGGAUAACAGAGAGGCCUCGUAUGUCUUGGGACUUUCAUAUCGAAGGAAACACAGGACCAUGUCAAAAAGUCGUACCAAUUGUAUCUCAAGAGUCCAUACUCCUGUGGGAUGUUUUAUAUUGUUUGAAAGGUAUAGAUGGAACUUACAUUAUUUCCGAACCUUUACCAAAUCCUUAUGGUGUCAGAACAUUCAGCAUAUCGUCUGAUGUUGGAAUAUCAUUCAAACAAUUGGUUCAACAAAUACUUCCCUUGGCAUCUUAUUACUCGAUGACAAUUAGAUUCGUUGAAGAAAAAGUUUCAUCGGAGGAUGGACAAGUUAAUCAUGCCUUAAGGGGAGCUAUAAGAUGUUUAUUAAAAGACUAUUUGUUAUUUAUUGUACAAUUGGAAAUGGAACACGUUCGCAACAAACUCAAUUUGCAGAAAUUAUGGUUCUAUAUUCAACCUACUAUGUCCACUAUGUCUAUACUAUCACAAAUUACAUCCACAAUAUGCAAGGCAAAUACUCGAGGUGGAAAAGUAUUAAGUCUUCUUCAUGAACAAGCAAAUAAUAUCAGUGGUGAAGCGAAAUCCAAAGAAUUAUGUUUAUUUUUAAUCCAUGCAGCUAGUGUUCCUUAUAUGCAAAUAUUGGAAAAAUGGGUUUACAAAGGUGUAAUUCGUGAUCCAUAUGAAGAAUUUCUUGUAGAAGAUAAUGAGCUUAUUCAACGAGAAGAACUUCCUAUAGAUUAUUCAGCUGAUUAUUGGGAAAAGAGGUACUCCAUGAGACCAGAAAGAAUUCCUAUAUUCUUAAGCGAUCAUGCUCAAACAAUUCUUAGAACUGGAAAAUAUUUUAAUGUAAUUAGACAAUGCGGAAAAACAAUAAAGUGGGGUAAGCAAGAACCUUUUACUUAUCAGCAUAAAGGACAACAAUAUAUUGCUGCGAUAGAUAGAGCAUAUUCAGAAGCAGCAAAAACUUUAUUAGAAGUCUUAAUGGAAGAAAAUGAUCUAAUGGGUAGACUACGUAGCGUGAAAAGUUAUUUCCUUUUAGCUCAAGGAGAUUUUGUGGUCCAAUUUAUGAAUUUAUGUGAGGCUGAAUUGAACAAAAAUAUGUAUGAUAUUGUUCUUCAUCGUAUAGCAUCCCUUCUUGAAGUUGCUUUGCGUAUGUCUACUGCUGAUUUAGAUCCGUAUAAAGACGAUUUAAAGCCAGAGCUUCUUCCUUAUGAUCUUCAGUUUCAAAUGUUUAGAAUACUUUCUAUACAAACACGAGAAGAAAAAGAAUAUUGUCUUCAAGCAGAAAAAACAUUAACUGGGUUAGAAGCAUUUGUAUUCAAUUAUGAAGUUAAAUGGCCUGUUUCAUUAAUUAUAAACAGGAAAGCAAUUGCCUGUUAUCAAAUGUUAUUUAGACAUUUGUUACAUUGCAAAUAUAUUGAAAGAAUACUAUGUAGAGUAUGGAUCAGCAAUAAAAUAGCAAAAACCUUCACACAUGAAGUAGCUAUGGCAUAUAGGCAGUCAUUUUCAUUAAGACAGAGAAUGUUAGAUUGUAUUCAACAUUUGGAGUAUUAUAUGAUGAUCGAAGUUAUAGAACCAAAUUGGUUAACAUUCAUAAAUAAAAUGAGCAAAGUAUGUAAUGUUGAUGAAGUUCUCAGUGUCCAUCAAGAUUUACAAGAUAGUUAUUUAAAAGAGUGUAUGCUAACAGAUCCUGAUCUUCUUGGUUGUAUUACUGGAAUUUGUGCAACUUGCAUUGAAUUUUGCAACUUCAUGCAGCGUAUGAGCCGUUACUACAUAGACGCUGAAUUGACUUCCAUGAUUGGUACCAAUCAAGACGAUGUCUAUGAAUCUGAGAUGGAAGAUGGUUCAACGUCAAAAACUUGUACACCAAGCUUUGAAGAAACUAUUCUUUCAUUGGACAACAAAUUUACAGAAGCGUUAAUGCGUUUAUUAGAUAGAAUUUGUGAUUUAGGUUGUGAUAAUAAUAAUGAAAAACUGCUUAAUGUUCUUUGCCGGCUGGAUUUCAAUUUGUUUUAUACCAAAAUUUUGGUCCAACGAGGAAAAGAUAAAACGGUCAUGCAAGAUGUUUCUGGAUAGGUUGAUCGUUAUUUUCACAAAAAUUGUUUGAAAAGGUAUUCAAUAUUAUUUUAUAAAAAUAAUUAAUAUUUUAUAAAAAAUGAAAAUGCUAAAAAACAAUACUUUUCUAAUACAAUAUUUGUAUGAUGAACAAAUCGUACUGUAUAUAUAUCUAAUAAAAAAACAUUUUUUCUAUUUUUAA